CUGAGCUCCUUCGUUUUCUUUUAGACCAGUUUCUGUUCAUGUACUUCAAACCGCCUUCUUUUUAUCACAUUACAGCAAAAGCCAUCGUCUUCUGAAAUGUUUUCGCACCCUUGAUAUUGCAGCUUGUUAAAAAGCCUCAGCCUAUGGCGGGUUCUGUGUGUAGCCAUGAUGCAUGACAGGAAAGUUGUAAACUGAUGUUUUAAAGUUUAUGCCUUUCUGAAGAUCUAAUAUUAGAAAGCUGUCCCUCCAGUUACAGCUAUGUCUGACAAACACCAUUGUUCAUGUUGCUCUCAUCCAGUCUCCUCCCCAAGUGUUCUUCAGACUUUGGAGGAAAUGGAUUUUGAAAGAGGUAUCUGGUCAGCUGCAAUGGAUGGAGACCUGCAGAGAGUGAGGCAGUUGCUUCAGAAGGGGACUGAUGCAAACAGCAGAGAUUCAGCUGGGUACACAGCUCUGCACUACGGGAGCCGUAACGGCCAUCUCUCUGUCUGCGCCUUUCUCCUGGAGAACGGAGCGUGUCCAUCGCCCCAGACGCCGGGCGGGGCCACGCCACUCCAUAGAGCAGCUUACUGCGGCCAUCUUGAUGUGGUUGGGCUCCUUCUACGAUACGGAGCCGACCCUUCGCUUUGUGACGAUGAUGGUGCCAAUCCUUUACACAAGGCUGCAGGACAGGGUCACACAGAUGUAUGUCGGCUGCUAAUAGACUGCUGCCCAGCUCUGCGCAGCCAGAUGAACCAGAAGCUCCAGCUACCCUACCAGCUGGCUCAGCAGGGAGAUCUGCAGGAGCUCCUGAAACCACCUGAUCAGAACGGACAGAGACAAUAAAGUCAUACUUUGUCAGAGAAUAAAAAACAUACAGGAUGAAGACUUUGCACUCAUCAAGAAAUGAGUAAAAAUGUCCUAAAUUAAGUGCAUUUACCCUUAUUUUGAGUAGGUAAAUGAGAUAGUUUACCAAUGGAAUGAGGAUAUUUAGUCUUAAAAUAAGAUAGUUAGAUAAUGUGCAAUUGA